GCUCGUAUAAGAGAGAAGUAGAAUAAGAUCUUACGUGAGCCUUGAAGAAGAAGGGCAGCCAAAGAUGAAGAUGAUUUUGAUUUGGAGCCGCAGUCAAAGUUUUCCAAGUGCGCGGCCAAGCGCGAGUAAACUUACACAAGCGACGAGAGCUAUGAUGAAAAGACGAACGGUGUUCUUCCUAGUGUAGUUCUCCUCUUCAAAGCUUCGCGGAGGAUGCUUUACACUGUACACUGAUUGAACUGCAGGCGAAGCUGCACGCAGUAGCAGCAGCCAAGGAUGGGAAUCAUGGAGCAGAAAGCAGUGGUGAUCAGGCAGCCGCAGCAGCAGCGGUGGAGGCAUCACCAGGUUCAAAGCCGGGCGGAGGUGGUCGAGUGAUAACGGACUCAACAAGAUCAGCAGGGUUAUGGAUGUGACGGCGAACGCGAGCCUUCAGGCGAAUGCCUCCUCGCUCGCGGCUAGCAAUUCGACCCUUGACGACGUCACCGUCAUACUCACCGCCUUCAUCCUCGGUAUUCUCAUCCUCACCACUGUCAUCGGCAAUGUGUUCGUGAUAGUGGCGAUCUACAUCGAGCGCAAUCUGCAGUCGGUGGCAAACUACCUGAUAAUAAGCCUAGCAGUAGCGGAUCUCCUGGUGGCGUUGCUUGUCAUGCCAUUGGGAGCCGUUUACGAGAUAUACUCCAGAUGGUCUCUGGGGCCGAGACUGUGCGACAUGUGGACCAUCAGCGACGUUCUCUGCUGCACGGCCUCCAUAUUGCAUCUGGUGGCCAUCGCAGUCGACAGAUAUUGGGCUGUCACCGAUCUAAAUUAUAUACAGGCGCGGAAUCCACGGCGCAUAGGCUUCUUGAUAGCGGCCGUGUGGAUAGUAGCAUUGGGUGUUUCUCUGGCACCACAAUUGGGUUGGAAAGACCCGGGCUAUUUGGAUCGAAUCGCCGAAGGAAGAUGCCUAAUCUCGCAAGACCCAGCCUAUCAGAUAUUUGCAACAUGCGCCACAUUCUACUUACCACUGCUAGUAAUCCUCUUUCUAUACUGGAGGAUAUUCCAGGCGGCACGAAGACGAAUACGUAAGCGACCGGGAACUACAAUCCAACCGCCACGCGAACGUCGAGGAAUUCUCAGGCUUGUCAGGAAAAGUCCACGAGAGGAGUCAACCGCCUUCACGAUAACCCGCUCGACGCCGGAUCACUCGUCGGUUUCACCGGAAAAGUCGUCAUCGCAUAAUGGAGCCAAUGCACCGGCAGCAACGACUGCACCAACGGCAGAGACAGCCUCGGCAACAACGCCAGCGGUAGCGCACACAACAGUGAUGACGACUACAACGCUGACGUCGAGCAGCUCAGCCACGACAACGAUGACGACUACGACGAUAACGGCAUCGACGCGAAAGACGAGGGAGACUAUCGAGGCGAAACGCGAACGUAAAGCAGCCAAGACAUUGGCUAUCAUCACCGGUGCCUUCGUCGCCUGCUGGCUACCAUUUUUCCUCGUGGCGCUACUGCGAGCUGUUUGCGGUCCGUGCCAACCGCCCGAUCUCGUCGACAGUGUGUUCCUCUGGCUAGGCUAUUUCAACAGCACCCUCAACCCUGUGAUCUACACCGUGUUCUCGCCCGAGUUCCGACAAGCUUUCAAGAGGAUACUCGGUAUCGCGCCACCAAGGCAGGCACGCUGACCGACACUCACGGCAACCUCCACGCUUUAAAGGUCCCUCCAGAAGGGACAAAUAUGCCGAUGAACUGUAGCAGACGCAGGCUUAUGGACCACCUAGAACCAGAAAAAUGUUUACCCCCUGCUGCCGUCGACCGGUGUGUGCAAGGGACAGUAUAUCAAAAACUCAGCAGCGGCAAAAGGAGACAGUAGCGAGGCGUCCCGGGCUCGGCUUAUAACUUGAAAACUGCAUAAAAGCGGCAAGACUUUAAGAAAAUAAAGUUUAUGAGGAGGACAGGCGACUCCGAUUUCUUAGAAAAUAGAGAAAGCCUAGAUAACUUGGUGCGCCAACAUGAAUUCGCAAUGAGUCAACCGCCGCAUCGUUGCACACUAUGCGCUUUUUUUUAUUCUUACGCGCUAACAACGACCGAAAGCUUAUUUUUCUUGUUUUCUUUUCCUCGAAAUAAAACAUACUUUUCUUCUCGUCACGACGUGUCCACCUGCUACUUUGAGCCCUGUAGCUAGGACUUGGAUAUGACGUCACGGCUACUUUGAGAAACUGUAAAUCGUUACAUUUUUUUAUGGUUCUUUUUCACUGCAGCUUCAAAAUACAUAGACCACGAUUACACACGUAUUAUCACACAAGUCCAUUGACUUUCAAACUUUCCGUUGAAGAAAGUUUUUGUUUCGACGUUCGCAGGCGAGUAGACGGCUAAAACUUCUAUUGAAAACGAUACGUACAUACACGCCGUGGAGAAAAGUUGAGCGCUUCGAUGGCAUAGAGUAACAAAAGAAUUCUAAAGUUAAAAGAAAAAAAAUUGUUAGCAGUGAUAAUACACACACAUUCGGAACGAUACGGGAGUGUAAUAUCAAGUCAUGUCUUCCGACAGAAGACGAAGAGAAGGUAAAGAAUAGAAAAUAUAAGUAUCGUAGUUAGUAACUUUUUUACGCGUCCUUGGAUAGAAAAGGCAAAUGAAUUUUCUGCGAAAGAACGGUAACAAAAUUAUUCGCGCAUAUCGUUGCGUUCAAGCACAGACAUUUGCAGAGAAAGGGAGAAAAAUACCCGCAUUCGUCGCGUUGGAUCAUAGAUAUCGCUAGUUUAAGAACGCGAGGAAUGUCAAUACGUAAGGAUCAUAUGGUAUUACAGCAAGAGCCGCGCGUAGGUGUGUGAAGGCUUUCAAUUUGAUGAAGCCACAUCGCGCGCGUGCCCUUCGGUCAGAAUAAUAAACUUUAUCGCCUAAAUAUAGGUGCAUGUUGCAUACUCGUAAAUAGUAUUCUAUACACAAAGCAAAAUUAUCGAUCGAAACGACACACGCUUAUACAGCAAGGCGCGUCUUCUGCACGUAAACACGACACACUAAGCAGUUGUGCGCGUCUUAACUAUUUGUUAUUACACGAGGCGGAAUCACUUGUGUCACACAUCGCUGAGAGCUUGGGGGUUUCGCUUUUUAUAAUUCAUAUAUAAAUAUGUUGUGUGUGUGUGCGUGUGUGUGUGUGUGUAUGUGUGUGUGUAUGUAUGUAUGUUGUGCGCGCGCGUGUGUCCGUAUAAAAAAGUAGAUAUCGAGCAAUUGAAGAAUAAACAAGAGAUUUUAUCCUGCGAGAAACUGCGUUUUUCCCCCUGUAAAUAAUUCUAACGAGCGUUAUAGGUUUUUAAAGAGAAUGCGAGAUCGUUGUUGUUUCAGGUUGGCCAUGUUGAAUUCAGAAACAUUUAGAUAGUCGCGCGCGCGCGAACUUUUAUCUUUGACAACAAACCUCCGACAUCUUUCCGGUGUGUAUAUAUAUAUAUAUAUAUAUAUAUAUGCGUCUGUAUAAAUUUUAAUACACACACACCUGUACGUACGAGCGACGCGCAAGCUUUGAACUACGAGCGGCGCAGCUUGGCUUUAUUGUUCUAGUGCGAGGCGCGAGGCGCAAACCGAGACAGAGACAGAGACAGUGAGGAUGUAAGUUUAAAUUAUUACGCUUACACGACAGCAGCCAACCGGAGGAGGCUCUCCUAGUCUCUCUUUACUCGCCGUCGCCGCGCGGCAAAAUGCAAACUAGAUCGCGCGAAAAUGUCGUUGAGUUUAUGAAUGAACAAACAAAAAAGUAUAUAUAACGUAAAUAUUAUAACUGCGACCACCUGAUCAUAUAAAAUUAUUAUGUCUCGAUCAAGCGAAUCGCAUUGUCAAGACACACAUCGUUCAAGUUUCAAAGAAUAAUAAAAUAAAGUAUCAGGC